AUGACGCUCUCAUUCUCUCUAUAUAUCUAUCUAUCUUGCGCUCUCACUCUCUCUCUCUAUCUAUCUAUCUAUCUAUCUCUAUCUCACUCUCUCUAUAUAUCUCUCUCGAUCACUCACUCUAUCUCACUCACUCUCUCCCUCGCUAUAUAUAUCUAUUUCUCUCACUCUCUCUCUCUCUCUAUCUCACUCACUCUCUCUCUAUAUAUAUAUAUAUUUCUCUCUCUCUCUCUCUCUCUCUCUAUAUAUAUAUAUAUAUAUCGCUCUCACUCUCUCUCUCUAUCUCACUCACUCUUCUCUCUCUAUAUAUAUAUCUAUUUCUUUCACUCUCUCUCUCCUGCUUUUUCAUGUCUCUGCUGUUUUCCCCGCUCUCCUCUCCCUCUUUUCUAUUUCUUUCUCACUAUAUGUAUAGAUCAUGUCUCUUUUGACUUUCUGUCACUCUUUUUCUUUCUUUCUCAACCACCUUUCCUCUCCUCCCCCCCCCCUCUCUCUCUCUCUCUCUACUUCUCUGUCGUCUUUCCCUCAUUCUCUCUUUCUCUCUUCCUCCCUUCUCAAUUUGUAUGCCAAUCUAUCUAUACAUCUUUGGAACUAUAUCUGUUUAUCUAUCGGGUUGUCUCAGAAGAACUAAAUUUAUCUAAAAGCUCUUUCUUUCUUUCCUCGAGCUAA